GCAAUAUGCAACGUGACUCGCAGUAACACAGCAUCAAAACCAAACUAUAAAAAAAUAUAUUUCUACACCAUGAAAGACGUCAAUGAAACGCUUAAGAGACGAUGCGCUCCAAGCUAUAACAUGCUAUUUGCUUAUUUCAAGCAGCAGGGCUACUCCGAUGAACUCGCUGGCUCCGAAGCAAGAAAACGGAUGAACCAAGGCGAGUCUCCAGGCCUCCAGGGAAUAACUGUACCCGCAGUACAGCAAGUAGGCCUAGGAUCUAAUAGCGUAUAUGACAGAGCUAGUCUUCUAAGGGGUGUUAAAAUAAAGCCAAAAGAGAUGGAACAGGCAUGGAGGAUACCCUUGUCCACAACUCCUGCACCGAAAAAUAAAAUCGCCGCUAAAAACAAAAUACCAAUUACCCUUAAAAUAUCCAAGACCAAGCAAGCUACAUUGUCAAAACAUGAACACGGAGAAAAUAGGGAGAUUCCAAAUGAUAAUGGUCCCAACAAAGAUCCAGUGGGAGUCAAAACUAGUAGCAUCAUAGCUAAUCACUUUUCACAUGAUGUUGAAAUCGGUCCUGCGGAGCCUGUAUCGCAUCCGAAGCGAACAGUGGACGCUUCCGCCCCUACCAUGGACGAUAUAAAUAAGUGGAUCCAGAAACUAUAUGCGCAACAUUCAAUGGGUGCAUGCUCAAGAGCAUUCCGUACUAAAAUAAGCGAAUUCGUUGAAAGUAUUGUCCAAAAAUACAGAAACGGGACACUAAAGUUCAAAGACAUGGUCAUACCCAAUGCGGAUGAUAUUAUGAGUGGGCAUAUCAACACCAAACAAAACAGUGACACGUCCGAAACUGAGCUAAAGCAAACCAAUGAUAAACAUAGAACCCACGAUAGUUCAAUGAAAACUACAAAGCAGAAAAUAAAUUCACAAUGGAAACGAGGAGAUAAUGAAUUAUACGGAGUUGAUUGCCCGAGAAUACAACGAGUAAGGCCCGUUGAGACUAAUAGUGGUGAUGGCAAAAAACAACAACGGUCUGAGAGAUUUAAAAGCUUUGCCAAUACUCAAUCGGUAUAUAAUUUCAGUCCGAAGAAAGGAGUGGCUAUCGUUGGUGUAUGCGAAGCAUUAGAAAAACCGUACCUGAGACUAACUGCGGAACCGAACCCUGCAACUGUUAGACCAGAACAUGUGCUUAAACGAGCGUUUAGGCAUGUGUUUGAUGAGUUCAUGAAGACUGGGAAUUAUAAAUACAUAGAAGAACAGUUUAGGUCAAUACGACAAGAUAUUCAAGUGCAGCAUAUACGUAGUCCGUUCGUGGCCAAGUUAUACGCUACAAACGCACGAGUUGCCCUAAUAUACGGAGAUUUAGAUCAAUUUAAUCAAUGCCAAACGCAAUUGAGGCAAUUGAAUUGCCAGCUCAACGACAUGCCGCAUUAUAGAUUGGAAUUCGAGUGCUAUUUUAUGAUGUACCUCGCAAUGCAAAAUAUGCAAAUGGGAAUGCUACGAUACUUACGCAUUCUGACAUCAGAGUUCAAAAAUACAUCGUACUUCAUAUAUGCCAAUAAAAUCAGAGAAGUAUUGGCUGAAGGCAACUUUGUGGAAUAUUUCAAAAUGGCAGAUACGAGCCAAAUGGAAGCUAUAAGGUGCCUAGAAGAUGUAUAUAACGAUGCCUUCUCUACAGACGACUUUUCAGAAGGGCUGACAUACCGAGAUGUAACCGCCGCAGAAAUGAAUACGACAAUAACUAAACCACCUUUCUUUUCACAGUUCUUGUUCAAAAUGUUUGAACCACGCUUCCGCAUGGACGCUUUAGUAAACAUGGCUAAAACCGCCAUGUUUCUCUCCGUAGAUACUGUCAAGGAUGUACUGCGGUUCGUGUCCACGAAGGAGUGCGAAUCUUUCAUCACGACAAACGGCGCUGUGUUUAACGCAAAUGGUAACAUAGACUGUAAGAAAUCUUUGGAGGCAUUCCUUGCCUCACCGUUGCUACGCAAUAAAAAAUUGUAAU